AUGGGUUCGGAUUUCGGGGUUCCCAAUAUGGUGCUAUCAGGAACAGAGACCAUGAUGCGUAUUGCUUCUGCAAUAGGAGUUCCCAUCAAAGUGGACUUAGCCACUAAGUUGGCAGAGAGAGGACGAUAUGCCCGAGUAUGUGUUCAAAUAAAUUUAGGACUGCCAGUGAUCAAGCAUAUCAUUGUGGAAGGCGUAACUCAUGUAGUAGAGUAUGAAAGUUUAAAUUUAAUUUGUAACUCCUGUGCACGUUAUGGUCACAAUAUGGCACAGUGCUUGGGUAGAGACUCUAAGGAAGAAAAGAGUGCUGAUUCCGAUGCCACCAAGCCACGGGACGGUACAAAGGCAAUGCCACAUCCUGAGACCAAAAUUCACAAUUCAAAUGAAGUAGAACCUAAUGUGGUAGGUGGCGUUACUGGCGAGAAUCCUGCAUCGAAUUUGCAAGAGGAUUUGGAGGCUAAUAAUUUGGAAGGAAAUAAUGUUGAAGAGGCUUGCAUGCAUGAUGAACCAGGCUGGGAGAAAGUUGUGAGGAAAGGUAAAACCAAGCUGGGUCAGAAGCAAUCUAACAAGGUCCAAAGAGGCAUUCAAUCCAGAACCGAUUCGGGUAGAGUAAUCAGGCCCACCAUUCACUUCUCUCACACGAAUGGAUCCAGCUCCUAUCGCGCUAGGGUCGGGUCACGAGUCAAGGUCGGACACAGCGCUUCCCGUGCUGGUAAGACGUCAUCUUCUCAACCCGACACACCCCAGUGCCUUGCAGGAGGGUGUUACCGUGGCGGUUCAUUGGAGAAGAAAGGCGCAUUGCCGGCUGUUACUGCGUCGGUAGGCGGGAUUAAGGAGAUAUUCCAUGGAGAUCCGGCAAACCUGAAGGUCACGGGAGUCGCUUCCGCUGGGCAAGCCUCGGGUGUUCACUGCAAAUGGGUUGAUGCUUUCGAUCAGUGUGUUACAGUUGAAGUUCAGUCUUCGUCUUUCUGCGGGCCAUGGAUUGUUCUUGGUGAUUUUAAUGAAGUACUAUUCUCUCAUGAAUCUAAGGGUUGCCUCUUCUCGAGUCGUCAUGCAGAUCGGCUUGCUGCCUCUCUAGGGGAUAGUAAUCUGUUUGACUUGAAGACUAUUGGAAGACAGUUUUCUUGGUACAGAAGGGUUAAAAAUGGUGUUGAGGUGGCGAAAAAACUUGACCGGGUUUGUAUCAAUAGUGGCUGGCUAUCUCUAUUUCCAGAGGCUUACGCAGAAAUUUUAAAUAGGCUUCAGUCUGAUCAUUGUCCUAUCCUAGUACGCUAUACAGGUCGUCCCCAACCGAAAAAGAAUAGACCUUUUCGGUUUAUUGCAGCUUGGGCAACUCAUCCGGGGUAUAGAGAUAUUGUGAACCAAUCAUGGAAAUACAAAUUGGAGAGACAGAUUAAUUUUCUUCAGAAACGACUUGAAGUAAUGGAAGAUUUGUCUAUGCAGCAAAAAGAAAAACAGCUGAUUGAGGAAUUUAAUAACACGCUUGUGCAGGAGGAACUUCUAUGGUUUCAAAAAUCCAGAGAGCAGUGGGUAAAAUUUGGGGAUAGAAAUACCAAGUUCUUUCAUGUCCAGACUCUUGUGCGGAGAAAGCAUAAUAAGAUUCAUGGUCUCUUUCUUCAAGAUGGGGUGUGGGAAACGGACCCGGAUGUCCUUAGAAGGGAAGCUGAAUCCUUCUAUAAACGCCUAUUCUGCCAGUUGGAGGAUGUAGACUUAGGUUGUCUUGGUGAUGUGCCACUGCCUUCCCUGAAUGAUGAAGCCUGUUGUAGCCUCACAGCGCCAGUUACUCUGGAAGAAGUUAAGUCGGCUGUUUUCAGUAUGCAUUCUUUUAAGGCGCCGGGCCCUGAUGGGUUUCAGGCUUUCUUCUUUAAAGAAUACUGGAAGAUUGUUGGUUUUUAUGUUUGGACUAUGGUUCGUCAUGCGUUCUCUUGUUUGGAUAUGGAUCCAAGGAUGAUGGAAAUUCUUGUGGUUCUUAUUCCGAAGGUCCUGGUCAAUAGACUUCGUCCCCAUCUCAAAGAGAUUAUUGGACCCCUUCAAGGAGGGUUUAUCCCAGGGAGAGGAACCCCAGACAACAUCAUUGUAGCACAAGAGGUUCUCCAUUUCAUGAAGAAGACAAAUUCAAAGAAAGGCACCCUGGCCUUUAAGAUUGAUUUGGAGAAAGCGUACGAUAGAGUGGAUUGGGAAUUUCUGAAACAAACCCUGCAAGUUGAUAAGGGCUUGUGGAAGCCGGUUGCAGUUUCUAGAGGGGGUCCAAGAAUUUCUCAUUUGAUGUUUGCCGAUGAUUUGCUUCUUUUCUGUAAAGCUGGAAAACAGCAAGUUCAAACUGUAAUGGUAGCUUUGGAAAAUUUCUGCAGAGCCUAUGGGAUGAAGGUUAAUGUGGAAAAAUCUAAAGCGCUAUGCUCCAGGAAUGUUUCAGCGACAAGAAAAGAGAUUUUCACUGGAGUCUCCUCCAUCAAAUUCGUCCAGAACUUGGGCAAGUAUUUAGGGGUGAACCUUAAUCACUCUCGGGUGACACGCGCAAUUUUCAACGAUGUUUUGGACAAGAUUCGGGGAAGGCUAGCCAGCUGGAAAAUGGAGAUUGCUUAA